AAAAGGACAUCGGAAACUAUCUCCAAAUUGUUUUCGCUUCAAGCCAAAGAGGCCACUCUAAUGGAGCCACAAGGCGGUCCUUUGAACCCUUCUAUCCGUGAGAAGCAGCUCACUUUCGACGCUCUUCAGCACUACCAAGAGCGAUGCAUACCCGUCGAACUUGUUCAACGUGGAGACAUAAUUAAGAUAUUACCUGGUGAGAAGGUGCCUGUGGAUGGUCACGUGGUGUUGGGCACCUCCUCCUGCGAUGAGUCUAUGCUGACGGGAGAGUCUAUGCCUGUUCCCAAGACUGUUGGCAACGUUGUAGUGGGUGGUGCCAUAAACCUCACCAGUCUCCUCUACGUUCAAGCAACACACAUUGGCAGUGAAUCCACCCUUGCACAGAUUAUCGCACUGAUUGAGGAUGCACAGUCCUCUAAGGCUCCGAUUCAACAGCUGGCUGAUCGCAUUUCUGCCAUCUUUGUACCUUGCAUCAUCUUCCUCUCGCUGGCAUCGUUAAUAUUUUGGGUUGUGCUUGGAUUCUCCCGACCGUCGUCAAUCCCUGGGUACACUGUAAGCAUCAUUGCUCUCUUAUGUGAAAGAUGCAUGUACAAGUUUGGGUUCAUUGAUAAAGGGCACACUGCCUGA